UGAGAACUCAGGUAAGCCAGCGUGCUUACAACAUGUUAUGCAAUCGUGAUUACAGUUCAGAUUGGUAAACAGUCUAAAACAGAGCUAGGCGAGCUGGCAUCGCAGUUCUCUAGCAGCUGAUAUACUAGCAUAGGAUUUGCAGCGUCAAUGCUCAAUUUUCAAGUCCAUUUUAAGCAGAAAAAUUUACCCCCCCCCAGCCUGUGACUUGACUUUUCCCUCCAGAUGACGCCAGCGAACAAUAUCGACACUUCCCAAAUGAAAGGAAAUGUUUCUCCGGAGGUAAAACUUGCAUUGUUAAACUCUCUGGCGCAGCCGGGCCACAUAUCGCAUUCGACUGGCAAGCCCUUCAGAGGUUUCAAAGCCGAGUUCGUGUCCCGGAUGCAACCAACAGAGGCAUCUGUAUUAUCGAAAACAGAGGAGCCGGACAAACUCGAAGGACGUAUCGUCUUUGAGGUGAUUGUGGACGAAGACAUGUUUAAUGAAGUUGGAACUAUGCACGGCGGUUGUUUGGCCAUGCUAAUUGAAAUCUGCUCGCCAAUGCCCAUUUAUAUUCUUGGGGCUUCGACUGGCGCUUGUGGCACAUUCGGCGUACAACAGUCUUUGAAUAUUGUGUUCCACUCACCAGCAGUGCCGGGCGACAAGCUACGCAUCGUGUGCACGACACUUACCCUUGGUAGCCGUGCACGCUCGGGUCGUUGUGAAGUAUGGAAUGUAACGCGACACCGAUUAGUUGCAUCAGCUGUAUACAUCAACAUGGUUCCAUCUGAAUCGUCCAAACUCUGACCUUUUGUUCAUGUCAGUCAUGUCGAGUCUUUACGCACCAUAAUCACCAUCAU